UUUUAUCUUACAGUUCAUUCCUUGCACUGCAUUGCAAUCUCUAGUGGUUGAAGACGUGAAAAAACACAGUUGCUUAGCCAUUACACCUUGACUUUGUAUUUUUUGAAAGUCUUUUCAGACGCAUUCUAUAUAUGCAUUUGCUCCUCUCUGCCCUCACAUUCUGCAUUUUUUAACUGCAUGGGAGUUUGUCUCAAUCCCUUUACAAGUGCUACCCCAAAUUACCAGGAAGAACAGCAAUAUGGAUGAUGGAGCUUGGAGUUUGCUAACAGGAUCCCCCAAAAAAUCUUGGCAGCCUAUCAUGACAGAUGAUACAACAACUUCCAGUUAUUGGCUCAAUUGGAGGGUUGUGCUUUGCAUUAUAUGGGUUUUGCUUACACUGAGUUUUGCAUUGUUUCUGAUAUGGAAAUAUGAGGCCCGUGGGAAUAAGGAAUGUGACAGAGAAGAGUCUCAGAAAGAAGAAGCUGGAGCUUUGUAUGAUGAUGAAACAUGGCGGCCUUGUUUUAAGGGAAUUCAUCCAGCUUGGCUUUUGGCCUUCAGAGUGUUGGCUUUUUGUGUACUCUUGGUGCUUCUCAUUGUCACUGCUAUUGUUGACGGUGGAGACAUCUUUUACUUCUAUACUCAGUGGACUUUUACUUCAAUCACCAUUUAUUUUGGGCUUGGAUCAUUGCUCUCCAUCAAUGGCUGCUACCAGUAUCAGAAGAAAGUUAGUGGUGAGAGAGUGGAUAAUGUAGAGGGAGAUGCAGAACAAGGCACUUCUGCAGGUGGAAAUGGUUCGAUUACCUCAAAUACAGAGAAAAAUUCAUCCCGUCAUGAAGAACAUCAUCUCGUACGUCAACGUGCAGGAUUUUGGGGUUAUGUCUUUCAGAUUAUCUUCCAGAUGAAUGCAGGUGCCGUUAUGUUGACAGAUUGCGUCUUUUGGUUCAUAAUCGUUCCGUUUCUCACUAUCAAAGAUUACAACCUUAAUUUUUUGAUAAUAAAUAUGCACACAAUCAAUGCUGUUUUCUUGAUAGGAGACACUGCUUUGAACUCUUUGCGAUUCCCGUGGUUUCGGAUUGGAUAUUUCUUCCUUUGGACGGUCGUGUAUGUCAUCUUUCAAUGGAUCGUUCAUGCUUGUGUGAGAUUAUGGUGGCCUUAUCCAUUUCUUGAUCUCUCAUCUUCAUACGCCCCACUUUGGUACUUGUCUGUGGCUCUUAUGCACAUUCCUUGCUAUGGCAUCUUCACACUGAUCAUGAAGCUAAAACACCAUGUUUUUUCGACACGGUGCCCACAAUCCUAUCAAUGUAUGAGGUAAUCGGCGAAGCCCAGAAAGAAGAUACUGUUUAAACUCUCCGAAGGAGGAAAACAAGCAUAAAUGGCAAAAACAGACUUAAUAUAAAAUUGAUCUAUAGGGAUAAGUGUUUGAUGUAAAUGAGUUCUGCAGACAUGAAAAUCUUGACAGGAAAGAAAGAAGAGCAAAAGAUACAUUCAAGGUUUUCUUAGGCAAUUAGAUUAACAAUCUUCUCAAAAAGAGUUGUAUGGCAUAAUACAUAUAACUUAUAUGUAUGUAACCCAUAGGAAUAUUUUUCUAUUUGGUAUAGAAUAUAAAGAGAGAGAGCUCAGCUUUGUUCUCUAUUUGUGUGGUUUGUCAUUUUUUAUUUUUCAUCUGCUCUCUCUCUUUUCCCAAUAAAGGGAUUGGAUCCCUGCCUUGACAGCAUGAAAAUUGAUAGAUUUGAUUCUU